CUCUCUGCACUUGUCUCUUCAGUCAAGGAGAAACUAAUUGGAGGAAAGAAUAGAAGAAAGGAGCUGUUGGAAAACUAAACCAAGCAUAAGUUUACUUCUUACAGAAUGCCACAAAAAGAUUACAGAAGUCAAACGAGCUGGGAGAGCGGCGUCGUCUCCAUGAUGCAAAACAGUCACAGUGGGAUAAACCAGCUUGGAGGUGUGUUUGUGAAUGGGAGACCUUUGCCUGAUUCCACUAGACAGAAGAUAGUGGAACUGGCCCACAGUGGGGCUCGACCAUGCGACAUAUCCAGAAUUCUACAGGUGUCUAAUGGCUGCGUGAGUAAGAUCUUAGGCCGGUAUUACGAGACAGGUUCCAUCCGUCCUCGGGCAAUCGGAGGAAGUAAACCCAGGGUGGCCACUCCAGAAGUCGUGGGCAAAAUCGCUCUGUACAAACGAGAGUGUCCAUCGAUCUUCGCAUGGGAGAUCAGAGACAGGCUGUUGGCAGAGGGAGCCUGCACUAAUGACAACAUACCAAGCGUUUCUUCGAUAAACCGAGUGCUCAGGAACCUGGCCAGUGACAAGCAGCAAAUAGGCACCGAAGGAAGUGAGGCCAUGUUUGAAAAGCUCAAAAUCCUUCAUGGUCAAGCCUCCUGGACAGGGCGCAAUGGCUGGUACGCUGGUUCCACACUCGGUGCCACUGAAUGUCCACAGACGGAAGGAACGGAAAACACAAUCUCAGCGAGCUCCAACAGUGACGAUCCAGAGGAGACUCAAAUCAGGCUUCAACUGAAGAGGAAACUGCAAAGAAACCGGACCUCGUUCACACAGGACCAGAUAGAAGCACUUGAGAAAGAAUUUGAAAGGACUCAUUAUCCAGAUGUGUUUGCACGAGAGCGUCUUGCCAACAAAAUAGACCUACCAGAAGCACGGAUACAGGUUUGGUUUUCCAACAGAAGAGCAAAGUGGAGACGGGAGGAGAAGUUGAGAAAUCAACGGCGCCAAGCGUCCAACCCCUCCAGCCAAAUUCCCAUCAGCAGUAGUUUUAAUGCCAGUGUUUACCAACCUCUACCCCAAACUACAACACCAGUGUCCUUCUCCUCGGGAUCUAUGUUGGGGAGGUCUGACUCCGCCCUGUCCAGCAGCUACAGCCUACAGCCCAUGCCAAACUUUAGCAUGGCAGCCAGCCUACCCAUGCAAGCAUCUAGUCACACAUCUUACUCAUGCAUGCUGCCCACCAGCUCAGGUGCCAAUGGAAGAAGUUAUGAGACCUACACUCCUCCGCACAUGCAACCACACAUGAACAAUCAGUCCCUGACCUCGUCUACAUCAUCAACAGGUCUGAUUUCUCCUGGAGUCUCAGUUCCAGUCCAAGUUCCAGGAAGUGAAACAGACAUGUCACAGUACUGGCCACGUCUGCAGUAAUGUCUUGUAGAAACACUCGUGUGGCAUAUUCUCACUUCAUAAGUCAAAUUUCAGAUGGAAAUUUUUAUGGCAAAAUGGUAUACAUUGUAACUUCACUUUUGAGAAAAGUGCGAGUUUGGGAAUGGUUCAGAUUGAAGGACAGCCACAGUACUUAAAGGGGACCUAUUAUGCUUCUUCCACUUUUCUGACCUCUAAAUGAAAUUGGAAUGUAGUAUUUUUGUGUUAAACAACGGCAAAGUUUCAAAUAAUGAGGUUUGUGCAUUUUUGGAUGAGCCCUGAAAGAAGUUUGGAAUGGCUCAAAACGCUCGAUUCCAGAGGGUGUUGCAAAACUGUUCCUUUGUGAUGUCACAGGAGAGCGGGCGUCCUUAUUGGGCGUGACUCUCUGCCCUCCCCCAAGCUCUGCUUCUCUGUCGACGUUGCUCGCAAUGGCUUGUAAUGUAAAAAUCCACAUUUGUUUCCAAUUCCUAAAGAUGCCACCAUCAGGCACAAGCGGUUGAACUUCCUGAUUCCCUACCAGCAAAACAAAUCGGGCAUUUUAAUCUGUCAACGGCAUUUCCCACUGGACUGCUUAGUGAACAUGGGCCACUAUGCAGCUGGACUAGCCCACAAACUUUCCAAUAUAACUUGGUCGUGGAGAAGAGUCAGAAGAGUAAGCAGUUAGUAAAAAGUCAUGCAGCAAAAGCGCUUCUCUCGGUAGCAGUAUAGAGUGUGCAAGUUCCAAGUUUUUUAAAACACUGGUAGUCCCGCAAAAAAUGUGUAAUGACCAUGAGACACUACUGAUGUUGUAGAAAACCUAAUGCUAAAUGCUAAAGCUACUUCCCAUUGAGAGACUUCUUGAAGUAGCCUCUUUUGUUCGGACUAUCCGGUCGCUACUUCUAGAUCGCAACUCCGAAAUAGUUGGGUUCACAGCAAGUGGCACAACAAGUCCUUCUAAGCACUCGGGGGUGCGACCAACCACAGCGGAGUGGGCGUGCCUGGAGGCGGGCCGUGGGUGGAAUACAAUAAAACAGACCGUUUUCGCUGGAAGCAUAAAAUCCAAAGAAAUACAGCUGAAUAGGUGCAGAUUCUGGAAUGACUAGAAAGCUUUUUGUGCUGGUUAUUGUGUGUAGCUGCUCUAUGGGAGUCCACAACUCAUUACAAAGGGCCAAAAAAUGAGCAUGAUAGGUCCCCUUUAAUGGUCAAUAUCAACCAUGGUAACUAACAACUUUCUCACUACGUCAAGGGAAGAGUGAACCAUUCUUUGGUAACAAAGACACAAAUUGCCCAAAGGCCAUUUUACCACCAAAAAUAAUCCAACCCGAAGAUGUGAACAGAACAAAUGUCUGCUCUGAACGUGUUUCAUUGGCAGGUUUCAAAACCUAGCAAUGUGUACAGAAUUUCAUAAUCUAGUGAGGUGUUUGCUAUUGUAAAAACCGUGACAGGCACUGCUGACUCCCCCCCCCCCGUUCUAAUUCCAAUACUCUGAUCUCCAAAUCAGUAAACCAAAUUCAUAUGAGCUGAAA